UCUCUUCUCCCCAAUAAAUACCCUCUCAACUCUCACAAUCCUUCCCCACCACUUCCACUCUUCUCUUCAAGCUCUCUCUUUCCUCUCUCCUCUCUCCCCUACCACCAUUAUAUGGCUAUAAGAAAGUCCAACAAGCUACCCCAAACAGCAGCUCUCAAACAAAUUCUCAAGAGAUGCUCAAGUUUUGGAAAGAAACUAUAUGAGCAACAAGGCCUUCCUGACGAUGUACCAAAAGGCCACUUCGCUGUGUAUGUUGGCGAGAAUAGAAGCAGAUAUAUAAUUCCAAUAUCAUGGUUGGAUCACCCUGAGAUUCGGAGUUUGCUUCAAAGAGCUGAAGAAGAGUUUGGCUUUAAACAUGAAAUGGGUCUUACGAUUCCUUGUGAAGAAGUCGUCUUUCGCUCUCUUACGGCUAUGAUCAAAUAAUUAUAAGGAGAGACAAGGGAUGAAGAAAAUUGAUUGAUAUUAGGGUUGUUUGGAGAUGGAGACAUGUAUAUAUUAUUGGAAAUUGGUAGAAAAAGAUAUAGAAAAUAAAUGAAAGAUUAGCAGAAUAUUGUUUGAGGAUAACGUAUCCUCCAGAAUUCAACAAGUCUUCUGAAUUACAAGUAAUCCAGGAGCAGCAGCAGAAAUAGAAAAGAAACAAGAAAAGAGAAGUAUGUGUUUUUGUGUAUACCCCAUAACACGUAAAUGCUCUGCUAUUUAUUGUGUUUAUCAUUAUUUAAAUCCACAAUAUCAGAUAAAAAUAUUAUUCAGUUAAGAUAAAGAUUUAAGAUAUCCACAAUAUCAGCUAAAAAUCUAGUUUAGUUAGG